CUCACUGUCAGAGCGCUCCUUUUGCCACGGACUUUGAACAGUCAGGGUCCAGCGUGUUUUGCGCUUUAUAAGCAGCAUGCGGUAAGUAUCCAGGUAGCUCAGGUGAAGGACUCCUGCAAAAGCCUCCACUGCAGGGCAAUGCCUCUUCAUCCAGAAUUCAGAGAUAUUCUGUCUCCCACUCUUGAUGAUGCUGGUAACGCACCUAAAGACUCAGUCGUCCUGUCGGCAUAUUCUACCAUGGACCUGGUGGACAAGGACCCGGAUGAGGAUGACCCCUGGAACCUCCCUGAACUGCAGGACACUGGACUCAAGUGGUCAGAGUUGGAUGCCAAAGGGAAGGUUAUGCGGGUUCUGACUUCCAUCGUCAAGUUCAUUCUGCUGGUUGGAUUUCUCUACAUGUUCGUCUGCUCUCUGGACGUCCUGAGCUCUGCUUUCCAGCUAGUUGGAGGUAAGGCAGCCGGGGACAUCUUCCAGGACAACGCGGUGCUGUCCAACCCUGUGGCUGGCCUGGUAAUUGGUGUACUGGUCACAGUGUUAGUCCAGAGUUCCAGCACGUCCUCCUCUAUUGUGGUCAGCAUGGUGUCUUCUGGAUUGCUGGAGGUCCAGUCUGCAGUGCCUGUCAUUAUGGGAGCCAACAUUGGAACCUCAGUCACCAACACUAUCGUGGCGAUGAUGCAGGCAGGAGACAGAAAUGAGUUCCGCAGGGCAUUUGCUGGUGCCACGGUGCAUGACUUCUUUAACUGGCUGUCUGUGCUGAUCCUGCUGCCGCUGGAGGCGGCCACUGGUGUCCUGUAUAAACUCACCAAGAUUGUCAUCAACUCCUUUAACAUCCAGGGCGGUGACAAUGCCCCUGACCUGCUAAACGUCAUCACUGACCCCCUCACCAGUGCCAUCAUAGAGCUGGAUAAAACGGUCAUCAGUGACAUUGCCACGGGUGACCCAGCGGCCAGAAACAAGAGUCUGAUCAAAAUCUGGUGCAAAACAGAGAAAAUCACGACUCUUUUAAAUAUAACAGUUCCCUCAGCUGCCAACUGCACAAUCGGCGUUCCCUGUUGGGUGGAAGGCAACAAGACAUGGACGCAGAUAAAUGUGACUGAGACGAUCAAUCUAGAGAGAUGCAACCAUAUCUUUGCCUAUGCUAACCUGCCUGACCUGGCUGUGGGCCUCAUCCUGCUGGCCCUGUCGCUGCUCAUCCUCUGUACCUGCCUCAUCCUCAUCGUCAAGCUGCUCAACUCCAUGCUCAAGGGACAGGUGGCCGUGGUCAUCAAAAUGGUGCUCAACACAGACUUCCCCUUCCCCUUCGGCUGGGUCACUGGUUACAUUGCCAUCCUGGUCGGAGCAGGAAUGACCUUCAUCGUUCAGAGCAGCUCUGUCUUCACCUCUGCAAUCACGCCCCUUGUUGGUAUUGGUGUUAUUAGCCUUGAGAGAGCCUAUCCCCUGACAUUGGGCUCUAAUAUCGGCACAACUACCACUGCUAUUCUUGCUGCUAUGGCUGCUCCAGGGGAAACCCUGGCCAACUCUCUGCAGAUUGCACUGUGCCAUUUCUUCUUCAACAUAGCGGGGAUCCUGCUGUGGUAUCCUAUCCCCUUCACUCGGAUCCCCAUCCGCUUGGCCAGAGCCCUGGGGAACCGCACAGCCAACUACCGCUGGUUCGCAGUGAUCUACCUCCUGCUCUGCUUCUUCCUCAUGCCCCUGACCAUCCUGGGGCUCUCCCUGGCCGGCUGGCAGGCCCUGGUGGGGGUGGCCGUGCCCAUCGUUGUCCUGGCCAUCUUCAUCAUCAUCGUCAACCUGAUGCAGACGCGUUGUCCUCGGUACCUGCCCAGCAGGCUCCGGAACUGGGACUUCUUGCCCCGCCCCCUGCACUCCAUGGCCCCCUGGGAUCGAGUGGUGAUGUCUGGCAUGGCCUUCUGCGGCACCCGCUGCUGCUGCUGCUGUAAGUGUUGCCAGAAGACUGAGGAUGAAGAGAAGGGUGGUAAGGAGAGGAAGAAGAGUCAAGAGAUGUAUGAUAACCCAGCCCUAACCAGAGACGAUGAGCCACUAGAAGUUCCCAAGGAAACUGUGAAAGCUACACAGCUCUGACACAGUUAUGAAUUCACUGUAACAUAUCUGUAAGACAUAUAUAACCUAUUUGUAACAUAUAUAUAUAAUCCUCCACAUUUGCUCACGCUUUACGGAGUUAACACGUCUCUGUUUCGGUGAUACUGUAUCAUGAAGUGGUGAAGGCCCGAACACGGCAACUGUACUUCUUGCCGGAGAACAUCACCAAAAAGUGUUGAGUAUCCACUGUAUAUAUUUAUUGGGGUGUAAUACAUAUAUUGCUAAAACCACUCCAUGGAAUCAUACAACAGACUCAUUAUGCACAUCCGUCAUAUAUUUUUGAUAAUGUUUAUUGAAUGUACCAUUUCAACUUUAAUGAUGAAAUAGAACGGGAUAAACAUGCACUUUUUAUUGAAUUGAUGUAUCACUGACUAUUUAAAAAUGUUUUACCUUUUGAUAUUUGUAAAUAAUACAAAUUGUUAGAUGUAAACAGAAUGUUGUGAUAUAUUUCCAAUUAGUGUAAUGUUCCUAUUUGAUAAUUUACUGUAUUGCAUUGGGUAUUGUAUCAUGACUGACUGUAAUUUUACAUUCUGUCAGACUGAAUACAUGUUGGUAUUUGUUUUAUAUGGAGUUUCACAGUAUAUUCUCUCAUCAAUAAAUAUUAGAAACCAA